AUGUGAAAGGCAAAGUAAAUUUUACCUGUAGACAGUAUCAUUGUCUGACAGCAAAUUUAACAGCGGUCGACAAAAUAACUUCUUAAACUCAAACUUCUUAAAUUUAAAUCAUACUGAAUCACAAGAACUAAUCUUACAGCUGUUCUUCCGUCUCCAGGAAAAUCUGUAAACACUCCAGAAGAAUCUUACAGGCAUCAUGACUCUCCUUUAUAUUUCCAUCUUAUGGUUCGCUGCCUGUGUGGACUCCAUCAGUGCAGGUGAGCGUGUUACUGUAUCAGCUAAAGUGGGUUCCACAGUCAUCCUGCCGUGUAAACUGAAGAAUACGUUCACAGAAACACCACAUAUUUGGUGGCGCACUGAAAAUAAUGAGACAGUGUUUGAGCGAAGCAUUGAGGGUACAGCAGAAGGUUCAGGAUAUGAGGGUCGUGUGGAUGUUCCUGAGGAUGAGCUGCUUAAAGGAAACUGCUCUCUGGUGUUGAAGAAUGUCAGAAUCACUGAUGAUGGUGUCGACACAUCUUUUGUGGUGGAAUACAGCAAUACUAAAGCUAUCAAACUGCAAGAAAUCAGCAGGGUUAACAUCUUAGUCGAUGUCUUGCACAACAUAUCAGCUGCAGUGGGUUCCACAACUGUCCUGCCAUGUGAAUGGAGAAAUCUGUCCUUCCAAACACCUCAUAUUAUAUGGUAUAUGGAUUCUGAGGUUGUGUUUGAGCGAAAGGGUAAAGAGUCAUUUCCAGGUGAAGGAUAUGAGGGUCGUUUGGACGUUCCUGAGGACGAACUGCAUAAUGGAAACUGUUCUCUGGUGUUGAGGAAUGUCACUCUUACUGAUGAAGCCAUCUACAGAGGAUCCAUGGCAGUGAAACAUCCAACAAGACAUAUCUUGAAAUUGGUCCAGAAAGUUAAACUCUCAGUCUCUGUACAAUCUGAAAACAGUAAAGAUGAAAAGUUAGUGGAGAGUAAAACUACCUCAGGUGAAGCUGGAAUAAACUGCCCUCGCCUGCUGAUCCUCAUCAUUUCCCUCCUCAUGUGUUUUCUCUUCUCACAUUGAGGAAACAUCAGUGGCGUGCACAGAUGGACACGAGGUGGUGCUCAAGCACCUGCCCCUCUGCCCUCUGUCCAAAAAAGUGCCCUUUUGAAUUUUUUUUUUUUACAGUUUACUGAGGCCAAUGUCGACAUGAUCUUUUAGAAAAGCCGUGGCAUUAAAAGCGUGUGUGAAAAUAAUGUCCCGAUGUGUGCCCCCUCCGCACACACACCGGACCUCUGUCUCUCUUGCUCUGUCACGUGAACAAGCGUGCAGUGCAUUCAAUGUGAGGUUGCAGCAGCAUAGCGUCCUGGAAGCCACGGCCUUGUCGUAGCGCAGACAACACAUCGGGCAGUCAGUCAGCUCUUCCCCUGCCCCACCAGCCAGGUAACACAUGAAUCGAGUGAAAAUGUAUUGUUUGCCCUCUAAGCCCAAGCUGUAAUUAUUUUGUCGUGAAGUAGCCCGUCGCAUACAGAAACAACUGCACAUAAGUAUUAUAUUUUUUGCUAGACCAUUUUCAGAUUUAGGAAAACAAAAAUUUCUUUUUCUAUUUUGUUCAACUAGAGAUUCCUGGCAAAGUCAAAAAGCCUUGAUGUAAUAAAUUAACAUUAAGUAGUUGUUUUACACCUUUAAAAACUAAAACGGGUCAGUGGCAACCCGAACACAAGAGGAUGGUUAAAUCUUAGACUUUUAUAAUAAGGUGUUCCACAUGCGCAAAAAAGUGCCCUUUUUUUCCCCCCAGAGCACUUGCCCCCCAAAAUGUCUGUGCACGCCACUGGGAAACAUCAGUGUGAUCUCUCUGAGUACAGAGAUGUCUCUGAGCCCAACAGAACCACAUUACAGAAUCAAUUCAAUUAGGAAAAAGAUUUCAAUGUGCUUCAAUUAUAUUUUCUACAAGUGGACAUCUGUGAGCUACAUGAGAACAUUUCUGUUUGAUGUCCACAUAAAGCUGUGAAGCUGAAACACCACAAUAUCAGGACAUGAGAAAAGCUUGGUAUGACCAGGAAUAAUAGAAAAAUAGUCAUCAUGUUAGGAGUUGGACAUUUUUUUGGCAUCUCCCCCCAGCUCAGUCUAGUUCUCAUUUUAUGCUUGUUUUUGGAUAAUCCUUUUGGAUUUGAUUUUAUUCUCUCUUUGCCUGAACUUCGUACUGAUGUUGGACUGUUUUCUACUUCUCUUUUGGAUUUUCCCUUGGGUUUAUUCUGCCCUGUUUUAGGGAUUUUUGUGUUUGUGAGUUUAUUUGAGUUUUGUCUGUGUUUAGGGUCCUCUCAGCUUUUUGACUUGUUAUUUAAUCUACUUUGGAGUGUUACGUCUGCAUUUGGGUCCAUUUCAUUACCCCUGUGGUUAACUCACUGGGUUUGUAAUCCAGCAGCCGGGGUUCAAUCCCUGGCCUGGCAAAUAGUAAUACACAAAUAUACAUUGCACAGCAACAGUUGGUGGUUCAUCCUAAUAUUUGUCUGCUUUGUCUAUAUUGUUUUUUACAUUGGUUAUGUUUUUGUGGAGAGGAGUUGUUUUGGUGAGGCAAGUUGUUGUUUGAUUUGUUCGGUCUCCACCAAUUCUUAUUCCACUACCUUUGAGCAGGUGACAGCUUCCUUACACUGACCCAGAUACACUCCUUUAAUUUACUCCUUCAGUGUAAACUAGGUAGUAAACACUAGGAAAUGUGUUCAUUUCCUAGAAUGAACUCGUAGGACUCGUGCCCUAAUUUUAAGGAAUCGUGACUUAACUCGGACUUGAACACUGGGUACUUGAGACUGGACUCCAACUUGAGGAUUAGUGACUCGAAUACAACACUGUUUGUUUGUGAAAAUUUUACCAGAGUUUUGACCUUUGAUUAAAUAACUUAUAUUUUGACAGUUUCAUGAGGGUGUGCGUUCUUCUUAAAUCAACUCCUCUCAUAAUCUGUGGAGGAAUUUCACCAAACUUGGCAAAAGGCUUUGUUAUAUGACAAUUAUACACAUAUUGAAUUUUUGUUUAAUUUGGGCAAAUUUUACCAGAGUUAUGC